AUUGCAGGACACUACUGAAUGAUGUGCAUCAGAGGGGAUUUAGAAGUGGGUAUAUACAAUGCCGACUGAAAAAUAAGUAGGUAUACGCCAUGCACCUAUGUAUACCCUGCACUACACCACUGCUCAUCCUGUUCUCCUUUUCCCUUGUAGUCCUGCCUGUUAUGACUCUUGUCCCUGUUUCCUGCACCUCGUCUGGUCAAGCCCUGCUGGUCUGCCCUCAGCCCUGCUGUUCUGCCCUGGAACCCUGCAUUUAGUCUCUACAGAUCUCACUCUGGACUUGCUUCCUCUGCCCCUAACUGCCCCUGCCCUGUUCCUGGUUCUCAGCUACCAGCUCAAGCUUACCCUAGCCUGCAGCCCCAGGUUCCCAGGUUCCAGCCCAAUCUUCAACCACAGGUUCCCAGCUUCCAACCCAAUCUUCAACUGCAUGUUCCCAGCUUCCAGCCCAAGCUUCCCCAGGACUGCAUUCCCUUUCCCCAGCCUUCAAAAUGAAUACCUUUUUGCUAUAAUAUCCCCGUUUCCUCACCUUGAGUGUCUGCACUUGGGUUCACCUGCUUCGCCCCACAUAACAUUUCAUAUCUCUCAGCCACACCUGUCCAAAACUAUCUGUGCACACUGGAAAAAUAAAUCAGGAACACUCUGUGCGAUAAAGCAUCAUCUUCCUCCUCCUCCUCCUCCUCCUCCUCCUCCUCACUGUCCUGUCACCAGCUCUGGAUUGGCACUGCUUUUGCCCUUAAAAUGCUCAGACUUCAGGGCUUAUAAUGGCAGGCGAUUGAGGGCGCCAGUCAAAGGGAGUGAGGCAGAUAGGGGAGGACACACUGGCAGGCCGAAUGGUGGGAGCCAAGGAGUCUGUCAAACUCCAUCUCUGCUACGAAAAUGGAAGUAGAUGGGCACAACUCUCUGUACAACCGCAGGACAUAGAAUAGAGUGCAGGGAAGGGGAGGAUGUGUGAUGGGAAUGCCAGAGUAAUAUGUCACUGCUGAUGACACUCAAUUUGUUUGGGAGUCAAGGGGCUUCGAGAGGUGCACUCUACUGCCUAUCUACAGGCAGCAGCAGAGCUGAUGGUAUUAAUAACGGGGGUACUUAGCUGUUUUCCAUGUAUAUACAGCACAAAAUCAUGUCCCACCCAUUAUGUAGCAAGCAACAGCAAUCAUUCCCCCUUCAGUGAUUUAGAGACUGUUGUCACCAGAAAAAUUAGAGCAUUGCCGGUUUGUUAAAAUGCUUAAAAUUAUGUGCUUAUGUUUUUCUGACAAGUGGAAUCUUGCAGUCAUGUGAAUAAUGGCUGUUCACUCUCAGUACCAAAGACAGAAGUAGUCUUGUGUUGUUAUACUUUUGCAAAAAAAAGUAUGGAGGAGGAGGUUCAUGGAGAUGUGUAACUUUGACUUGGGAGACUCCACUUUGUAUCCCAAGUUCUACCAACAGUCUACGUUGGUUUUUGUUUAAGCAUGAGGGCAAUCAUUCCCUAUCCCUUAACCAAGUAGUUUUAUAUCAUAUCAUCAUUUAUCAUAAUAUAGUUGCCUUGC